AUGCCAAACAGACGAGAAGUCAUCACUAUUGAUGACGAUGAGGCUUCCGAAGAUGACAAUUUGAGGCUUGAACGCGAGUUGAGAUCGUCCAAGAACAAUGCUACAUACGUUCAAGAGUACUUGGAAGGCAAACUCGAUUCAAUCCAAACCAAAUAUGCUCGUCUUGAGGCUCAAGAUGCACGCCGCAAAGCAGAAAAUGCAAGUCUCCAAGCCGAAACUGCUCGUCUACAAGCCGAGAUCGCUCAUUCCAAAGCCAAAUACGCUCGUCUUCGAGCUACGAUCCAAGUUGAACAUCUCGAAGAUGCCGAUGAUGACAAUCAGUCCCAUCCAAAUUCACCAGGCAACGAGGAUACACGCUCAAGGCUCGAUGAUCAAGCAUGGUCCAAACUCGAGGGUACAUGGCAGGAAAUGAAGCAACAGUUCGACAGCAAGUCUAGCGAUUGGACUUCCAUUGACUUGAAGAAGAAAUAUGUCUGGGGUGCUGUAGUCUCUGCACCAACUACUCACUAUUGGACCCGGAAGCAGCCCGGAGAAUUUGCUUCUGCUGCCUUUGCCAAGUUCAGCAGAUCACGAAGCCACAGACUGGGUGUCAAAGUAUGUGGCGAACAAUGA